UAAAAGUGGUGGGAAGAUGUUUCGCCUCACUGCAGAAGCCCCAGCUGUUUAAUAAAGCUUGACAUUUGCUUCUACCGGGUUUGUGUUUACAAUCGGCAGGAUGUCUUUCCCCUCCUCAUUUGGUGCGCAGGCCGCAGCCAUCAUGGAUGUGUUAGCGAAAGCUGCGGUAGCCGAAAUAACGAAGCUGGUGGAGGACGGGACUGUGGUUCUGCACCUGGAGAUGUGUCGGAGGGACAGCGAGAUUCAGGAACUCAAAAGAAGUUUGAAGCUGAUGGAGGUUGAACUCUGCAAAGCUCAAGAAGCAGCCACGACCCGAGCUACAGAGGACAAACAGGAGCGAACAGCAGCCGCGAAUCAGGUCCCCCGAAAAGACAAAGAAGAAGAUCCGGAAACAUGUGCAGUGUAUCUGAAACCAAAGGCUGCUGAUUCACUCUGCGAACCACAACAUGGAACAGAGGAGAACUGUGACAUGAGGCCAGCGGUGAAACACGAACCGGCGGAUGAACUUGCCACCCAGGAAACAACAGACAGCACCGGAACAUUUGACAUUUGCUUUGAGGCGGUAGAGCGAGACGACCCAAUCUGGCCUCCUCCUGCUUGUAGCAUGUUUGAGAAAGGCUCUGUUGCACUGCAGCAGCACACACAGAUUUUCACCCCUCAUCCUGAGCAAUAUGCUGCUCAUAGAAAUACAGAAAGUUCCUAUAACUCUUCAACUGAAACUGCAGACGAUUCCUUAAGUUUGCCGAUAAAAGUAGAGGUAGAGAUUCGACCUAUGUGCAUGGCAAGUACCACUUCAGAGUAUGCUCCUAAUGAACUGUUCACACAUGCUUCGCACCCUGCAGUCAAUCAGAACCAGUGCUUGCAGUCUGCUCCGCAACAGGCUGGGUCGUCGCUAGCCUCGCUGCAUGCGCAGAGGUCCACGGCAGAUACGUUAGGACCGAACACAGAAGGUCACAUCCUCAGCAGGAACAACCCGAGAGCAAAAAGGCUAAUGACCGUUUGGAGAACAAAUCAAAGACUGUUCAUCUGCUCGGUCUGCAACAAGGGUUUCCCCCGCCUCUCCCAGCUGGAAGAGCACAAGGCCACCCACCAACCCUUUAAGCCUUUCAGGUGCCUCGAGUGCGGGAAGUCUUUCACCCAGAAGACCCGGCUGAAGACGCACCAAAGUGUGCACACGGGUGAAAGGCCAUUUAGUUGCAAAAUCUGCGGCAAGAUGUUUUCGAGGCAGGACAAUUGCUUGAGACACGAGCGGUUCCACAGUGGCCUGAAGCCGUACAGCUGUGGGCAGUGUGGUAAAAGCUUCACGGUGCUGGGUAACCUCAAAAUACAUCAAGAGAUUCACCUGCAGGGGAGGUAACCCUCAGAUACUCUGUGACACUUAUUAAGAAAAAUUGCACUUAUUAACACGUAUUAAUCUUGGGUUAGGGUUAUCUUAUUUAUCUAAAACAGUCCAGCUCAUUGAUUUGCAAGAUUAACCACAACGAUCUAAUACAGUAGUUCCAAACCUGGGGGUCAGAACCUCUACAAGGGGCAAGAUGAUUACUUUGAAAUGACAAAAAACGAAAUUCUGUAACACAAUGUUUUAGGACUAUUUGGACUAGUUUAACAUCUUUAGUAAGUUAAAUGAAAUUAAACAAUCUACAAUGGAAAAAUGGCUCACAAAAUCACACACAUUUAAACUGUGACAGUAUGACACAAGUAAAUAUGGUUUCAUAUUAAGGGCUCAUGGAAAAAGUGUUGGACAUCACUGGCCUAAUACACACACACACAGGUAUUAAAAAGAUAGCAACAACAGUAUAAAUUGUAUGGCAAAAUCUCUACUUACAGUAUAUAUUGUCCUAUCACCCAACCCUAACAAAUACUAUAGCAUUUUUCUGGGCUCCUGUUACCUUACAUAAUAAUGAUUUCAAAUAGUUCCAAGCAAUUUUAAGAAAAAGAGAGCACAACUGUCAGAUCUGCAGAUAUCCUGACUUCAGGUACCGGUAUCAGGAGAGGGAGUUUGUGCAGUUUUAUCAUGAUCUUACUGUACUCAGAGGUGUUUCAGUGCCUUGGAAAGUUUCUGGCAUCCACUCCCUGACUGGUACUUUUGUAAUGGUUUCCCUUGCAUUCAUGAUGUUGGACCUUCCAGAUACACACUGAGUAUUUGACCUAACUUGAUUACACACAAGUGAUGUUGAUUGAAACUUAUUAUGCGGCCUCAGCAGUUGGGUGCACCAGUGAUGACUUAAGUGUGUCAUAGUAAAGGGGGUGUGGGUUUGUACCUAUGCAAUAAUUUAAUGUGUUUCACAUUUGCACGUAAUUUAAGUCAGUAGAGAUUUGUUGUCUCUUGGCAUUAAAGUAUGUUAAUGAUCCCCUAUUUUUCUUUCCGUUUUUCUGUUAAAGGUUCCAAAUUUUAUUUUAUUUUGCGCCUGCAGGAUUUAUGCAUACAGUAUAUACUUAAUAUACUUGAUAAAUGUAAGUAUAAAUGUAUGAGUUUUAGUAUAUUCAUUAGAUGCCUUUUUUUUUGUAAAACUUGAUUAACUUAUAUAACAUGAAGGUAUGUAUUUAUUUGUUUAUAAUGUUUUACUUUUUUGUUUGUUUUGAUAGUGAACUAAAUUAUGAGUUAAUGGAUGUGUUUGUAUGAAUUAAAGUUUUUUGUUGGGGGGACUUAAAGGAUAAAAUAAGGCAAGUUAAUGGUUGUCAAAUUACAUCCAGUUCAAAAUAAUGUUGGUUAAAGGUGGCAAAGAGUGGCAUUUCCAAGUAAACAUUAAAAUUGAAUGGUGUUACAAUGCUUAUACGAUUUCUGUUGGCUUAAAAGUUCAACUUGACAGGUUAUUGUUGGCAUUUGCUAAAGCUGUUGAGAACAAAAUCUCCAGGGAUUUACUUUAAAUCUUUAAAAAGUGUAUAACAAAAACUUUAACAUUUUACUAUAAUGUCUCAUGCCACUUUUUUCCUACAAAUAUUCUUAUCCAACGAAGGUUAAAGUCAAGGGCAACUGGACUUGGUUGAAGAUAUUGGAAGACGU